AUGAAGAUUUUGGUAAGAGCAUGGUUAACAUUAAUUGUGUUUUUAAUCCUAUCAGGACUUGUGUUAUAUGGUCCGGAAUUCCUGAGAAGUAAUCUCUCUGUUGGUUGGAGGAAAAUUCGAAAAAGAAAUGGCGACAAGACGGAUUUUGUAGCGGAUAUCAAGAUAACUUACCAGUCGAUGAAAGGUAAGGUUUUGGUUAUUCAUUUUUUGGGUUUUUAGGUCGAUGGGAAGAAUUUUGGGUUUAUAAUGAAGUUUUCAUGUAUAAAGGAAAUUUUGUUACAUAAAAUAAUUUUUUUGGACAUUUUGUUAUCUAAAACAAUAUUUUUGGCCAUUUUGUUACCUAAAAUGAUACUUUUUGUUUAAAAUGAAUUUUUUUGUGGAAGAUGACAUUUCCAUUUCUAAACUGACAUUUUGACCUCAUAGUGAAAGUUUCAUUCCUAAAACCUAAUUUUGUUACCUAAAAUAAUAUAGUCUCUCAUUUUCAGAUUGGAUAGGGCCAAAUAACAAUAUUAAUGGUACCACAGUAGCCGAACAGCCCAAAAUAAAGGUAAAUGUGGAAGAGAUGGAAUGUAAACUACCUGAUUUGGACCCAUGGCACGAAAAGGCAUUGCCUUAUAUUAACAAAACUAGCAAUCCCUUGGAUGGAUGUAUAGCCAGUUUCACUGAAAUCACUUAUAUUAAGGAUGGCAAAGUUAGAUUGAAUAAGACGCUGGAUACGGAAGGCAUCAGGUGUUACUUUAGGUACGUUUUGGUUUGAUUUCUUGGGUUUUUAGGUAAUUUUUGGAUUGAAAAUGAAGAUUUUAGGUAAUAAUUGAGCUUUUUUGCUGUUUUUAUGGAAUAAAACUAGAUAAUUAGGUAGCAUUCGACCAAUAAUUUAUUGUUAUAGAUAUAUUUCUUACUGAAUUUUUUGUUUUUAGCUAGUUUUCUACGUAUUUUUUGACUUCCGCCGUUUUAGAUGUUACUACCACAAGAAUGAAUUCUUUAUUGAUAUUGGAAAUUGGACGAGCAUCAGACACAAACCGGAUUGUGAUAUAGUUGAAGUUAAUUGCACAAAAGUGAAUGACGAAGAUUAUACCUACAACACAAUGCAUGCCCAGAUUUAUCGACCGUAAGAAAUCUUUAUUUUUUAAAGAUUUUUUAUUAAAAAUGACUUUUUUAGUUUAAACUGACACUUUAAAUCUAAAAUUACAUUUUUUAUCAAAAUUUUUUUGUUUUUUAAUUUUUAGGUAACAAAGUCUAGUAUUAACAGCAAUAUCACUUAACUAGAAAAAAAUUAUUUUAGUGACACAUCUGAGACCAAACCCACUAUCUCCGAAAGUUCAGAUAUUGACUCUUCACCUCCACCAGACCCUGCUGCUUCAUCUACUGAUACACCUGAUCGUAUUGACCUAGUAAAACCAACAAACAUAACUCCACCAAACCCCCUCCCCGAUGUCCACAUGAUUGUAUUUGACUCAGUAGCUCAUACUCAAUUCAUCAGAUCGAUGCCUUCUACUGUGCAUGUGCUACGCGACGAAAUGGAAGCCAUCGCCUUUCCGUAUGUUAACAAGAUUGGCAUUAACAGUCGGCCGAAUGGGUACGCUAUGUUGUUUGGUAAACAGGCCUUCAAGGUGGAGAAGUCUGCAAUCAAUGAUCAACACAAUUGUAAUGUUACUAUGCAGGAAUUGUGUCGUAGAUACUUGGACUCGGAGCAGUUUGUGCCGUUUGAAUUUCAGAAGAAGGGUUACAAGACAUUGUGGGCUGAGGACUGGGUAGGGGCUCUUUUUACUUGGCCGAAAUGUCGGGGAUUUGCUAAACCUUCAGCUGAUCAUUACAUGAGGUAGGCUUAUAUUAGUGUGUUAUCUAGACUUAUAGCGAUUUGUCUUAUGCAUAUAUGCUUAUGAUGUUUUAAGAAUAGAGUAAGACAUGGUAGGAUAAGAUUGUUACAUUGGUAGGUCUAAAUGACAGUAAUUAUAGGAACGACAGAUUUUAAGGGAAACAAAAUAGGAAUUUUAGGCUUAGCAGUGAAUUUUAGUCUUAGCACUGAAUUUUAGGCUUAGCAGUGAAUUUCAAGCCUAGGAAUGAAUUUUAGGCUUAGCACUGAAUUUUAGGCUUAGGGGUGAAUUUUAGGCUUAGCACUGAAUUUUAGGCUUAGCAGUGAAUUAUAGGCUUAGCAGUGAAUUUUCGGCUUAGCAGUGAAUUUUAGGCUUAGUAAACAAUUUUUGGUUUAGCAGCUUAAUUUUACGUUUACUUGAAAAUUUUAGUCUUAGCAACGAUUUUUAGGCUUAGCAACGACCUUUAGGCUUAGUAGAAAGCUUUAGGCGAGAGUUUUAGGCUUAACGUGCUACAUUAGGCUUAGCAGGAUAUUUACAAAUUUUUUGAGUAAAAAGGGUUUACAAGAGCGGGCUUUUGUAGGGUGAUGUACGGUAAUGUACUGUGCCCUACCAUAUUAUUUUAGCAAAGUUAAUUAUUAAAUCGUGAAUAUCUAAAAACUACAUAUUGUUUAGGCCAUUCCAACUUCGAUUGGAGAGUGGUAGGUAUGGGGAAGGCGGCACAUUGAAAGAGCAGAUGUUAAAUCAAAUGUGUAAAGAACGUCACGAACAUCUUAUAGAUUACCUGAAAGACUUUAUCAACAAGUAUCCUGAUCAGCCAAAGUUUUCACUAACUUGGCUGAGUUCUCUAGCUCACAACGAUAAUAAUGGACUGUUUCAUGUGGAUAUGUACUUUAAGACGUUUUUAAGAGAAUUCAAGGAAAAGGCAAGGUUUGAAUUUAGGUUUUUUUUAAAUUUAAAAUGUAAAUUUAAAAAGAAAAAUAUGAAAACUGUCGAUUUCAGUUUAGUAACUCGUUUUUGUUCAUAAUGGGUGAUCAUGGCUUUCGAUUUGGAGGCAUAAGGAAGACAAAGCUCGGCGAAGUCGAGGACAACAACCCUUUGUUAAUGAUGGUACUGCCAGAACAUUUAAGAAAGAACAGACAAUUGGUCAAUAAUAUGAAGGACAACGCCAAAAUUUUGAGUACCCACUUUGAUACCUUUGCUACAUUGGUCGAUAUUGCUCAUGUAAGAUGUAGGGGUAGUGUGAGAUAGAGUAGUAGAGUAGGGGAGUGUAGGGUAGGGGAGACGAGGAUUGGGUGUUGUAAUAAGUGUACUGUGGAGAGGAGGAUAGGACUGGGUAAAAUAGAACAGGUUAGAGCUUGGCUAUGGAAAUUGUUUUUGAAUUUUAAUUUUUUAGAAUGCCCACAAAUUCACCCACAACUCGACCUUCAAAAACUUUGACAAGUCAGAAAUCAACUUGACAAUCAAUGGCGAAAGCUACUUCCACCCCUAUAAAUUGGACAAGAAACGAAAUUGCAAUAACUUGAGAAUACCAUUCGACCACUGUAUAUGUCAACAUCAACAAAACAACAUAAGUAACGAGAAAGAAUUUGCUGAACGACUGGCCAGUUUUAUGUUGACACAAGUUAAUCUAGCUCUGGUAGAGCAAAAUCAAACCGAUUUGUGUGUGGAAUUGACAUUGAACACGAAUGCUCCAAUUGAAGUGUUGGAGUUUGAGCCGAAUUUGAUGUUCAAUGCUUUUAAAGUCACUUUUAAUGUGAGUUAUACAUGUCUAGGAUACCCUUUCUUACUUCUACAAAGGUUUUAUAAUGUAAUGUUUUAGGUAUUGCCUGGAAAUGGUCAAUUAUGGGGAUUUGUUCAAAUCGACGGCGAUCGAAGUGAUAAAAAUGCCAAAAUCUCGAUGAUUUCGGAACGUAUGUCGAGACUGGACGAGUACGAACCGACCGCUUUUUGUUGUAGAAACGCUUAUGUAAGUUUUGAUAUAAUAUUGUUACCUAAAAUUAAAAAAAAAGUUUGUAGUUUAAAAAAGUGAAAAUAAUGGUUUUGAUUACUUAAACCUUGAUAAUAAAACAGUUUUGUUACCUAAAAUCCAAGGUUUUUUAUAAAUUUUUUUCAUCGCUUUAUAUAUGAUGUUAUCUAUGGUUAUUUCAGGUAAAAGAAUACUGUUACUGUAGAGAAAACCUCUACACAACCACUACAACGACGACGACAGAGGCUCCAUAA